GCAAGUCGCGAGUGGCAUUUGUUGUACGGUGCGUGUAAUUUAAAAUAUAUUUACAUUCUGGGUAGCAUGAUCUGUGAUAUCCAAAGAAGAAAAUAGCUAUUCCUCUAAGUAGUACAAGGCAAAAAUUCAGUUUCCAUCGACAAGCAGCAGGAACAUUGUGGGUAAAAAAUACGUGUAAUGGAUGAUCAACUAUUAAUUCUCAAAAACUUUCCGCUGCUGGUACCCCACAAUAGAGAAUUUACGUUUUACGAUGGGUUUAUAUGUGUUAAGGGUGCUGAAUUCAGAAUAUCACUCAAUGUCCCACAUUAUCCAGCACUGAAAGAUAUGCAUCUGGAAUGUUCAUGGGAUAUAAGUGCCCUUCUGCGCGGAAAGGAGAACGCAAUAACACAGAUUCAAGAAACCUGCCAUACACUUCAUGAAUUUUUGGAAGCACUAUGUACAUUGACGGCUGAACAGAUGAGUGACAGCCAAGGUACAGCCAAUGUAACUACAAGAACAUACAUUAACAUCAUGGAAGAACUGGCAUCAGUGAACCCAGCUUACAUAUCACAUUUGUCUGUAGCACAACAGCAGGUUGUUCUCCAGAAAAUUGAUUCUGCUGGGAGGAAACAUUAUCUAUCGUUGUCAGGAAUUGGAGAACCAAGUCCCCGAGUUUCUGCAGAUCUACCUCAGCAGGCCCUGGCUGUUGUUCGUGCUAAGGGUCCAUCUGUGGGAUCAAUGUACAGAGUAUUUUGUCAACAAGUGGCUUCCUUGCAAAGGUUCUGGACAGUCAUGCAAGAGGUUGAUUCUUCUUGUUGGGUCAUAGAUCCUGAAGAACCAAACCUACGUGAUACUGCUCGGAGGAUCAUCAUUGGUGAAAAUGUCUCUUUGCAACUGCAGGUGAAUCCAUGGGAUCCUUGUUCUCGUCCUGAUAUCAAAUUUCUAGGGCCAGAAAAAACUGUGUCAGAGUUCCGUGAGAGACUCAUUUACAGAUUUGAGGAAUGGGAUUCUGAGAGCAGCCUUCCAGACAACCUUAAAUCAGUUUUGGGUUUCGAAAGCUUUCCUGAGAAACCAGAAGGUACUGGUGAGGAUGAGGCAAACCUUUUGAUACGACCAGGAGAAUGUUUUGUUUGCUUUUCAGUUCGCUUGGAGGGUAGCUUGCCAUCAGAGGCUUGUCCAUCUGAAAGAUGUGGCAGCAUAUUUCACAUGGACUGUCUUUAUCAGUUGCUGAUGUCACUUCCCACCAGCCACCGUAGCUUCAAUAGAAUUAGUGGGGAGUGUCCCAGCUGUGGUGCUGCAAUAUCGUGCCCAAUCCCUGGUUGAAGUGAAGCCAUCAGUUCAUCAGUUGACAAAGAUGUUGCAGUACGCAUAUAUGGUCUAUGGUCUGGCAUUGUCAUACUCACAGAGAUGGUGCUCCAUGUGUGGACAAACUCUUCGAAUUUGAAACUUGAUUACAAUACGCUUUUCUAAUGCACUGACACAGUUAUAUUACAACUGGUACAUUACAUGUUACAAUUCGCAGGCUUCUAGUGAUAGAGGGCUGUAAAUAUGUAGACAUGACGAAUAAAGACGUAGAACCCUAAUAACAGUUGUUUUAUUUAAAGAGCUUGAAGGGUUUUCACAUAAAAAAUUUGGAGGUACUACUCUGGACUUAAUUUAGAUUAAAUAUAUUGAAUGACAUAUUUUAACCAUCGUGUG